AUAGUCAAUCUAGCCAGAGUAAACAAGCAUUGCUUAACAGAAAACCUAUCUUGCUUAUGGAUAUUAUUUGGAUUGUUUAUUUCAUUUGAGGUGUAGGCCUAGACAUUGCAGCAUAACUGUUCACUUGUUAUUCUUUUGCUUCUCCUGAUUUGGUUAAUCCCAGCGGAAAGGCAGCCAAAGGGCAAAUCUGCAUUGGGGACACAUUAUUACAGAUUAACGGAAUUAAAACAGAUCACUUGGAUAUAUUAGAAGCACAGGAAUUAAUAAAAGCAGUUCAGAGAUCACUACAAUUAGUCUUAUCAAGGGAAUAUACUUCAGACAUCUCAGACGACAAUAUGUCAGUGACUAGUACGAGUAGUUCCUACAGAAUUGUUCCAAAUCAACAUGAUCAUGUUAUAGGACCUCCAGAUCCAAACACGGUCACAAUUGAUGAUGAUGUCAUCAAUGUGGACGGUGUUACGCUGGAGGGUUUCAAUCCAGCAAACGUUUCCGUCACACGUACCACGACCCGCAAAGUAACCAAGAUUACUCGUAGUCGCUCCCCGUCCCCGGCUCGUUUUUCAAGCGAGGGUCGUUUUACCUGCAAUACUUACGAAGAGAGUCAACCAGAUUAUCAUAAUAGACAUGGUUAUCACGUUUACACAUCUGAGACCGAAGAAGAAGACGUAUCUCCACCGGUAACUAUAUAUCAGGGCCAACCGCAAGUGAUCAGACCAAAGCCAAAGCAAGCAGGACCACCCGUGCCACCAAAACGUGGUACGCGUCCCCAGCAGUAUACCAUGGGUGCUAUAUCUACACCGCCGAAUGUGAAAGUUCGCCGUUAUACAGAUGAUUUGGACCCAGGUUCCAUGUCCGACACCGCGUUGAUUCACGUGCGUGGAAGACCGCCUUUACCUUCUAGAGGGCGACCUAGAAGAAGGAAAGGCCGAACAGCGAUUUAUGUCCAACCUGCCUGUAACGUCCCCUCUGUUAAGCCAACGUAUUCACAAGAUGAUACCGCCACCGUAGCGUUCUCCCCUCCACCGGUGCCACCCCACCCUGAAAGUGACUCUGAAGAACCACCUAGAGUUCCACCAAAGCCACACAUGGCUAAGAAAAACGUACCUCAAUAUAGGAAUGAUGAAUUGACCAGUUAUCAUCGUCCAGUGUUGGCCAGACGGACUUCACGUGGGGCAACAAUGUUUUAUGAACGGCAAACAAGGCAUAGCGUAGAUGAAAACGAUGAUGUUUUUGAAGCCCCUACAGUUCAAUAUGCACAAUCUCCUAAAAUGUUAGUUAAUAAUAAUCAGCCAAUCACAAGACAAGAAGCAGUGAUGCACCCAGCACCAUUAACCAAUCACUCGCAUGCAACAAUGAAUGGUACGCAUUUAUCGGACGAAUGGCCCCCUCCGCCGCCAGCAUAUUCACAAACCGAGGAAAAUUCACCAAUUUCAAAUGUUGCAGUGUCGCCAAAACCAUCUAGUGUGCAAGUCCCAACACCCCGUAAAUUUAGUACUUCACUUAAGCCAGCUCUUUGGUCACCAGCGAAGACGAGUAGCACCGCCAGCGAACCCGAUGAGGAGAGGACGUUGAAAGAUAUGCCGGCCGUUUGGAGUCCGAAAGGAGAUGUAACAAAACAGUUCAAACCAGUUAGGAUAGACCUUAGCCAACCUAAGAAGGUAAAGUCACCUGAAUCUCAGCCCUUGUCACCGGAAGAACCUGUACCAGUUGAGAAGGCCCACAACACCUUUACUAGCCCACCACCAUUUGUCAAGCCAGCCCCCAGCGUUACCAGCCCAGCAGCCACCGUCAACCGUCUGCCACCUACCAGCGACAGCCCAACACCGAUUAUUUUACCAGAGGUACCUACACUCCCCAUCAUGCCAUCAAAGCCUGUUCAAAAUGGGAUUGUACAUAGCCCAACAAGUGAAAGCUCAGGCCCAAAUAUACCCACCAGUCCAGAGGCACCACUGAGUCCCAAGCAGCAAAUAGUAAUCCCAGUAACGUCCCGCCCCCAACAUGUUCCGGCACGGAGGUUAUCAAAUCCAGGUGUCAGAAACGUGCAGAGCUCGCAACAAGCUGUUGCGAAAGUGGCACUGAUUACUGAUCCAUCUGAUCAGUCCAAGCUAGAGCUGGUUCAGAUGCAUGAGGUCGGAGGUAACGUGGUCCAUCGUGAUCGCAACAUCCACGUUGCACCCCAAGUUCAAGUAAUCACAGCAUGUAAAAGACGAGAAUCGUAGUGAUUGGUACAAACAGAUGUACAAGUCUAUACAUAAGAUGGAUAAGCCAGAAGAGUGUAACCCGUAUAACCCUACGUAUAGUUUCCCUGAUGAUAGAAAGAGUGAAGACGAAAUUGUACAGACACUUGAUUUAUUUAUUCCGGCGGGAAUAACAUGCACUUCUACUACUUCCGCUAAUACUACUACUAAUCAACAUUCUUCUCCUGAUGGAGGAGAAGUUGUAAUGCGUCGUACGACGAGAACCACACCAUCGGCAAGAGCUGACUCACAAAAAAAGAGUAAUGUGCAAGUAGAUGCAAGAAACACAAUUGACCGGUACCAGCAACAACCAGGAAGUAUACUCAACUACGUGCCGGGGAAAUCGUCGUUGUCUGAAAAAGAGCGAAAGCAUUCUGAAGGACAACAUUUCAAUCCACCUCCAGAAGAAACACAACCAAAUUUUCUAUCUAAAAGCCAAACAGCAAGGAAACUUUAUGCUCCACCACCGAAUGCGUACACCGCUCCACAGCAGCAGACGUCCCCUAAACCAACAUCUACGCCACUGGCGUCCAUAGACCACGGAGCUUAUAAACAGUUGCUGCAAGGCGGAUAUAUACCUGGAAAAGGACUGAGGAAAACAUCAGCAGAAAUCUGCCAAAUCUCUAGGCACAGUCUUAACCAGGAGUUUUUGUGUCAUUUUUUAACAGAACUUGUUGCCAAUUUCCAACACAAUGCUUCCAAUAAAAGUAGCAAUAAUACUAAUACAAUAGAAAUCCAUAAACGUAACAAAUUAAAGACCUGUAAACAAUCAGUGAUAGGUACAUCGACAUUUGAAACCAGUAAUCUUGAGCAACCAAUAAGAAAACUUCUGAGGUUUGAAGAUCAGAACUUCUCCACAAACUCUUUAAUAUCAAAAAGUGCUUCUAGCACUGUAAUGACCACUGAUGCGUACUCCGAUUUGCAUGAAUCAAUACAAGUCUGGAAUGCAAUUAGGGAAUUUGAUUGUGCAUACUUUAAUGAUUUCAGUGAUUAUUCUAGGGAGAUGAAGGACUGUAGUGAUGAUUGUGACAUUGAAAUCUCACCAAUUGUGGCAUCAGUUGCUGCUGAAGAUAUUUUUCCACCCUGCUUUUCUUCCUCAGCUUUUCCAUCAAAGACUGUUCCAAACUUUCCAAACAUUGGAUCAAAAGGAACGGCAGACAAAAGGCUUCCACCACAUUGUAAUUCCAUACUGAUGAAAUCAUCAAAAAGAAAGCUUGCUGAGAAACCAUUAAGAUGCAGUUGGCAUAAAGUUUCAUCUAGAAAGCAGUUAGGUUCGCUCGUGCCUUAUGGCCGUCUCACUUCUGAAUCUGAGCUGACUAAACAAAAUUUGUCAUUUGUGGAUAAACUUGAACACUGUAAUAUGACAGAAGUCUACCUAGCUAGUUUAGAUCUAAAUAGGUGUGAGGAAUCAUUAGAAUAUUCUCCAUCACAAGAGAAAAUAAUUUGCUAUCCAGUACGUCCUGUCUUCCGAAAGGUACAGCCAUUAUUUGGUGGCGCACCGCCACCAGAGAAACCAGAAUCAAUACCGAGAUCAAACUCUCACAAAACUGAUUUCCAAGAUGAUGUGUUGCUUCAGAUGCCACAAUUAGCAAAUAAAAUUGAUCAUCAGGAUAAAGUUGAGGAGCAGAUAUCUACAAAAGAAAAUAAUCAAUCUUCCAGUGACAGUAAUGAGACUUUCAAGUUUGGGAAAGAACAAACAGAUGAUGAACCAGAUAAUCAGUUAGUGAUAGUAGAUGAUAGUAAUGGUUAUGCCGGUCAUGGUGACUCUUCUGAUACUGGCUUAAACUCCUAUUCUCCAACUGAAGAGAAAAAAGUGAGAGAGAACAGAUACCGAUCAAGACAAAGGAGAAAUAAGAAAAUGGCAGAGAACACGGAUAAGUUCAGUAGGUCCAAAUCACUUAACAAUCUUCAAUCUACUCGUCCUACAUUCAUUUACAAGAACUAUGCUGCAGAGGUAAGAGAUGCUGGAUCUGGACAAACUAAACAAGAACACAAGAGUCUCAUUGAUUUUUUUAAUUCCAAAUCAGGUCUUUGUAAGCGGUCAAAAUCACUUCCUGGCAAUAGUAUGAUUUUUCCUUUUGAUGAUGACAACACCGAUGGCUUGUCAGAGGUGAGUUUUACAUCUGCAAAAAUGUCUGUCAUUGAAAGAGAUCUUUCUGAAAGAACAACCUCAAUUAAUAAUUUGAAAGAUACAUUUCAAAACAAAGAAUCAAAGUCUUUAAAAAAAGGACCUGAUGAUCUUGGAAGACCCAUUGGCAAGAUUUGGGACCGUGAGGAUACUGUAGAUUACAAACCUACCAGAAAUUCAAGGCAGUGGCUCAGAGAACUCAGUGAAAUUGAGAGACAACGAACAAGAGACACAUCCAAACAUGAUGCUAGUAUGACUGUCACUAAAGCAGUGUGUGCUCCAGUGAAAAAGACACUUUCAAAUGUUAAUCCAAUGUUUGGUGUUCAUACAAUGCUUUAUCCAGAUCCUCUUCAUUUUGUAAGGCCAGAGCCAAGGUCACAUCCAAAUGUGAAAGUGAACAGCGAUCCUAGACUCUCAGCUUUAUCAGCAGCACCACCGAUAUUGAAUACGCCAGGGAACCUGAAGAAGUCUAAGGAAGUUGAAGCAGACAACCCAUUCAGGAAUGAAUUCUUAGAGUGUUCAAGUACAGACAAAGAUAAGAUUGCUACUGUUAAGGAUGUUGAUGCGAUCAUUGGUGGAUAUCAAUUACAGAGAGAAGUCACCAGUGUUGAUAAAAUGCCGACAGAUUCUGUUGCUGACUUGUGUCAACAGAAACAUGCCGAUAUCGAUCAGUUAAGUGAUAAAAAGCAUAAAGAUGAUAAACUUCUGCCACCUGAAAUGGAAACACUGAGUGUACCAUCAAGAGUAAAAGGAAAAACAAAAGAUAUAACACUGUCAUUAGGUGGUCUCAACCUAGAAAUCCAGUUGCAAGAAGCAGGUUUGUCCUCUGAUAAUGAAAGUUUUGCAUCUGUCUUUUCAGAACAGAAUUCUGCAACAAAAUAUAUAUCAAAUAAUGAAGAGCUAGUUGAAAGAUCAUCCAUGGGAGCUUUAGAGAAUGUCCCUGAUAGAUGUGUAGGAGAGAUUUACCCAGAUCAUGUUUCUGCUAAAGGUAGGGUAGCGGAGGAUGUUAGUAACCAUAAUUAUUAUAGUAAAAAGCCUUUAGAUAAAAAUCCUAAUAAAUACAUUAUUGAAGUUACAAUGGAGAAAUAUGGUAGAGAUAAUCUAGAUAGCAAUAGCGAGAGGUUCACUGGUUACAAUGGUAGCGGUCAAGGAAUCAAAAGCAGACAUCCAAACGAUUAUACUCCAGAGAGGGAGAGCAAACCAAUUCCAAAGCCAAGAAAUCUUGGUGUUCCCAAACCGCUGACUUCUACGCACAGGAAUGAAUCAUUUGUCUCUGCCAUGUCAAGUAACAGUGGUAGUGAUUCCCUUAGUGGUCAAUAUCAGUCAAAGCAACUCUCAAAUUCUAACCCUAACAGUUAUCACCUAAAAAACAAAGAUAAUAAAUAUUCCACAGUUGAUGAUAGGUUUUUAAACCCUGGUCUUCAGAGGAGUAAGGUAUAUGAUCUAAGGUAUCUCACUCAGGAAGAACUUAGUAUUGUCCCUUGGGUUGAAGAUAAAGUGCAUAGCUGGCAUGAAAGAAAUAGCCGAGUUCCUGGAACUACCUCAUCAACAUAUCCAGAUAUACUCGAAUUUUCUAAUACGGAAUCCCAAUUUGAUUCAGAAAUUAGUUAUAAUAAUACAAAAGCAGAACCUCAUGUAUACAUGCAAAAAAUUAAGUCUGUCCCACUCGAUUUCAAAAGAAAACAUAAGGCAAAACAUAGAUCUACACAGGAUAAAACUUUAAAGAGAGAAGGAAGAUUGAAUGAUACCAAAGAUAAUACGAUGAGCAGACAUCCCCAUGACCGGAAUGGAAUGUCCGAAGUUGAUCAGUCGUCUUAUUCACCUGGAUCGUACCAUAGUGCUGGGAAGGAGUUGCCUACAUCAACACAAGAAAUUCAACAACCUAUUAACUCGAACAUCGCUAAAAGCCCGACCACCAAGUUGCCCAAGCCGCGUUCUUUAUCUAGCAGUAGUGGAGGAGUAUCAGCAGCGGAGCAGCUCAACGUUGUGUCAGCACCGCCACAGCGACCGCCACAAGAAUUGAGAGGUGAUGUCAAUGCGAACUACAAGGGGACCAAUGCAAGGGAUAAAUCAUCAGUAGAGCGUGUUAUUGAGGAAGAGAGACAAAAGCGAGCCCGACAAGAUUACGAGAAUCAAAAAUCACGACGUCACUCCGACAACACUGCCAUCAAGUCACCAAUUAUCACGGACGAAAGGUUCGGAGGAUCGAAGCAGCAGCACGUCAGAUCACCAUCUCAAGAGCUGAAGGCACAUGCAAUAGCUCUCUACAGUUUUACAGCACAGUCUCCAAAGGAGUUAUCAUUCAACAAGGGUGACACCAUAAUCUUAACGAGAAAGAUCGACAACAAUUGGUAUGAGGGCGAGCAGUAUGGACGAGUGGGCAUAUUCCCUGUUAGCUAUGUAGAGAUUAUCACUACUUUGGAAGAAGCUCGCACGGCUCAAAUCUCAUCACCCACGUUUGAAGGAAAGGCCAAGGCCAAGUUUAGAUUUACUGGAGAGUCAGCAAUGGAACUUGGUUUUAAGAAAGGUGACUAUAUCAACCUAACUAAAAAGGUUGACAAUAAUUGGUGGGAAGGAAGGAUAGGAAAGAAGAUUGGCAUUUUUCCUGCCGCAUACGUCGAUGUAAUUAAAGAGCCACAAGGCAAUGUUCAGCCUAGAUCACCGGUUGCUAGGCAAACGCCAUCACCAGAAAGAACAAGUCCCUACCCAUCCACAUCUACUCCUCAUCGCCAGGCAAGCCCUCAUGGACAGCCAAUCAGAAUGCAGCAGCAACAGCCACAACAUCAACACCAGUCAUAUGCCCAGCCCCUGCAGAACACAAGGUCCCCACAGUCCAAAUUUGUUCCCCUAGCUUCCCCUACCUACAAAGUAAACCAAGGAUCUGGUCGUGGAACGAGUACAGUUACAAAGCAACCACAAGAAACAUAUCGUGCGAUAUUUGCAUACACACCUCAAAAUGAAGAUGAGCUACGCUUAGAAGAAGGGGACGUGAUUUUAGUGAUGGAAAAAUGUGAAGAUGGUUGGUAUGUCGGUACAUCAGCAAAAACAGGACAGUUUGGUACUUUCCCAGGAAACUAUGUGGCAAAAUUCUAUCCUGAUUGAUGAACUGACGAGAUAUAUUCUCGUCUUUCUUCAUGAUCCUUUCGCUUUGAUGUUUGUUAUUUGCGAUUAUUUUAUGGAUAGCCUCGGUCAGAACGGUGCAUGUUCCUCAACUGACAAGUGACUAAUCAUCAAUUUUUUAAACUUCAUGAAUUUUUUUGAAGCAAUAAAUAGUUUAUUAAUAUUUUGUUAUUAUAACAUAGAUGCUGUAUUUAUAUUUAUAUAUUCCUCUAUCUUUCAAAAUAUACCUCCUCUAUCGGGAGGUACACAGCAAUUGGGAAUGAAAUACAGAAUGUAUUUAUCAAAAUCACUUCAAAAAGGUCUUUGGACUUUAUAAUUAUGAGACUUGGGUCUAUUUUUCAUUAAUUGAUACCUCUUAUCAAAUACUGUCAAUAUAUACAUGCAAUAAUUAAUUAAAUAUAUUAACAAGUUUACUGAUUAACUUUAAUUCUAUUGAUUUAGACUAGCGAAUUUAACAUAUUUAGAAUAUUUUUAAAUUUAUUAUUCCUUAUUAAAUAUUCAUAAUCUUCACAAUGAUAAGAAAACUAUUUCUACAAUUUAUUGAUCCAACUUUAUGGUAAAAAUAGUAUACUAUGACAUCUAGAUUUUUAUUUUAUCAGAAUAUAAAUUAAAUAAAUUCCUAAAUUGUAGACAUUUUAUAAAAUUGCUGUUGAUAAAAACCAAAGUAUAUUUAUUGUACAUUUGUAUAGAAAGAGGCAGUGCCUUUGCAGAAGGGUAAGUAAAAUAAUACUAGGGUAAAAACAAUCAAUGAAAUUUAGAAAAUCAAUAAACCAAAAAAUACACAAAUGAAAUUGAUUUAUAUUAUCAUUGCAUUAUGUUAUAUAUUACAAAAUUUAUCUUUGAACAAUAAAAAUUAUUGAAAAAAAUAUCUAAAAACUUGAUAGGUUUACCUUGAAAGGUUGUAGGCUGAAAUGUAUAGUUUGUUAAGCUCUGGUUUCCACUUUCAUGUAUACAAAUACCUUUAAAGGUAAUUUAUUAUUUAUAAAUAUCUCGUUAUUGCAAAUAGUUUUGCAAAUAAAUUUCAAAGGUUUGUUUUAUGUGUAUCCAUUUUAAGUUUUAUAAUUUGGAAUUAAGUCUGAAUAACAGUCAUUAACUGGAAUAUGCAGACCAGACAAACUUUAUGAGACUAAAACAAGACGUAGGCCUAAUUUAAUAUAGGGAAUGAUGUUGAUUGAUUUCAAUUGCGAGUGCGCAAAAAGUUUGAGAAUUUUGAUGAGGAGUGUUCCUUAAAGUCUUCCUUUUUUAGUUUUAUAUUUUUAUAGAUAAGUAGACAGCAUGGCUGAUACCCCUGCAUUUUAUUGUACAUUAGUUAAAUUUAAUUUGUGCUUGUAUAUAAACACAGAUAUUUCCUCUCGUAGGAAGUAGAUGAUAUAUUUUGUUUAAGUUCGUAUUGCUUUAUAUUUUGUUAUUAACGAUGUGCCAGGCUGACAUUUCUCCUUUUAGUUAAUUUUGUUUUCCACUUGAUGUGAAUUGCGUGCUAAUUAUUUUUAUACUUUCUGGUAAUGUCUUUAUACAGCUGGUAGAAAAAAUAUCAGAGCCACCUGACUAACUGAAACAUAGAUUUGUUUCAGUUAUUUGGAUAAAGGUUAGACACUUUAAAAUUCAUUAACAUGGGUAAAAUAUUGUAAUGGAUGAAAACGAAUAUUACGUAUAGGUUAUAGGAAAGGACAUUUGGUGGUUAUCGUUAUCAAUGGUUAUUGGUUAUAAAGCCAAUCAAAUAAUUUGUUUUCAUUAAAUUAGGGCCAACUCUGAUCAAAACGUUAGUAAAACUACGAUAUUUUACAUUGGUUAGAUUUACAUUUGGAAAUAGUUGAGUAAUUUGUAAAUACAUUUAACCAAAUUUAUACCAGAGUUUGAAUGUAAAAGACAAGAAAUUAUUAAAUGGAAUUAUGGAAGAGUAUCCAUCUUGAAAAUAUGCUUGGUUACUGAUAGAAAUGAUUACCUUGUAGAAAUUGUAUGAAUGUGUGAUAUUCGUUUAUGAGAUGCGUUGAUGAUAAUUUGAAGAUUGGUGUCUUCAAGAACUGAGAUAGAAUUACCUUCGGCUUGUUUCAUUAAAUGACGUUUUUAAGAAACGAGUAACAAUUAUUUCAAGAUAUUAUUAGUUAAUUAAUGUAGUUAUUAAUAAUAGUGAUACUUUGAGCUGUGGGUAACAAUGAUAUAGGAGGGCCUAGUUAAUAUUUUAGUGAUUUAAAGGUAGAUUGUAAUCACAUAGAAUGGAUUGACCUAGGUUUUGUUGUAAAUAGCAAGUAUUAAUACCACUUUUACAAUUAUUUUGUUAUUUGGUCAAAAGUUGUUAUCACAUAAAAAGAAUUGAAUUUGGUUUGGCUGGAAGUAGAAAGUAUUAAUUAGUACCACUAUUAGAAUUAAUUUUAUUCAAAACAGUUAAUUACCACACUAGUAAAUUGGUUGAAGAUUUAUGCCUUCUAAACUAUACCAUGCUUGACAGUAGAACAUGCCAGAGCCCGCAUGGAAAUUCUUCAUAUUUUCAUUGACCGAGAUUUUGAACUUUAUAAUUGCUUAAUUGUAACUAUAAUGAUCCAGCAUCUGUUACUCCAAGUCGAAGCCAUACCGUAAUGAUACUGCUCGUCGUAUUAUCAGAUUUACAGUUAUAAAGUACAAUGUGCUGAAUGAAAUUUAGAGAUCAUUCGUCAAGACAUUUUGAAAAAAAAACUUAGAUGUAGGUUUUGAGGUUUUUGGUAAAAGUGAAUGCGUUUGUAAAACUUUAUAAUUAUAUAUAACACGACGACAGCAUAGUGUACAUAAGAUUUAUAAUGCAUUUUCAGAGUAUUAUGUAGAGUAUUUGUUGCUUUGUCAACUAACAGUAAUUAAUUAAUUUAUUUAAUCAAUUAAGGAGUGUUGUUAUUUUGGCGUGUAUAGCACUGGUUUUUCAGUUAAUCACAAUACCUUUGACGCACUGCGUUUCUUCAGUCUAAUAAAUUGACACUUUUUGCAACUCAGUA